UAUCUUCCAAACAUCCAUGGUAAUCCAGGAGACCUUCCAGUCGUGAGUUUGGACCAGUGCGACCAUUUGUAUCCUGUGAGGAACAAGGCAGACACAAGCAGAGACAGCGGUGAUUCAGAAGAGAAGACACGCAACACGUAUAAGAGACACAUGAGGACAAGACAUGGGAAGCUAUUGACACCUGAUGGUCGCAUCAUCAUCAUGCCAGAAGAGGAGUAUGCCACCCUUCGAGACCAAUCCAAGGUGUCCUCUGUUGAGAGACGAAAGCAGGAAUCCUUGGAGAAGAAGGAGGUUCGCAUUGCCAUGGCCCUUCAACAAGAAGUAGUGGAAGUUUGUCCAGAUUUGGUCCCUGUGAUGAAGGAGGAGAAAAAAGGGAGUAGAAAGAAACGAGUGAAUCGACGCAGUCGAAUUCGUUCUACCCCUGUACUGCCUGUGAAUGUCUCUCCAAAGGAGAGCUCCAUAUCAUCAGAAAAUGUGAUAUUUGUCCAAGACCCUGAAGGGGGCUUUUCAUUUGAUGGCACCCAAACCAUUAUUAUGUGUGAUGAGGUAGUUGAACCAGUGCCUGCGAAGACAUCUCAAACUAGGGAGAAUGCCAUGCAGGAAUAUCAGCUCAUCUCUGUUUCUGAGCACAUGGGUGAUGGAGAGACCAUCAUCCUGGAAGGUGUUGACAUGAACCAACUUGGGGACUGCUAUGAAAUCCCUGUUGAAGUGAGUUUCUCCGGCAGCAUA